ACCCAACGCCGACGCCCCCAACACCCAGUCCUCCGGAACGCACCCGUCACCGCCGUCGACUGCUCAUCUUCACCUCUACACCACCAGGAACGACAGAAAUCCGAACCGUGACAGCGAGCUGUUGAGAGGAACCCAAGACUACGGAUCACCCAAUUUUACGAAUCGCAGAGACUGCAAAAAGGACGUAACUGUCACACAAGGGAGGAUGCCUUCGCAACCCUCGACCACGUAUAUUCAUGGUCUCACCUCUUCGUUUGCAUCUACACUCGAUGAGAUCCCACAGGACAUGUGUAGACACUUUGCCGACUUGAGAGAGUUGGACGCGGUGCUUAGCCAGAGCCUUAGCGGGAUCACGAAGAGGAUCGAAGAGCUUACGGAAAGAAUCGAAGACGGCCUGUAUUCGCUCGAGUCCGCAGAGACAAAAGCAGCCGACCCAUCCAACAAGGAUACAAAUGCCGGUCCCAUUGAUGAGGCAUCCAAGAAGGAAGGAGAGGUCAUCGGAAUGUUUCAACUCCUUCAUGAAAUCGCCGAUGACACUGGACGAAUCAAACUCGGAGGUGAAGACAAGAUACGAGUGGCCAGCCUCGCUGCCGAUCAUCUCGACGCAGCCUAUGCUCUCGAGAUUCUCGCUCCCAAUACCGUCUAUCCCCAUGUACCUCCCUCUGCUCUCAUUGAUCCUGCCCCCGAGAACCGUAGGGGUGCACCGAGGCGCUUUGUGGCCGUGCAGAGUGGUUCUUAUGGCCUGCCGUAUCUCAAUAAUGCGGCUCAAGCGAAUACCGGCGGAGCCGUGUAUCAUCCGAGUCGAAAUGAAAGCGCGAGUAGAGGCGCCAACGGUGGGGUGGACACCCCCAAUAAACGACGCCGACUACAAAAUCAGGCUGGAGGGAUCAACCCGAGUCACCUUCACCCCCGAGGUGGGGAUCCCGACACGGACGACUAUUCCACUCCCCGACGCGGGCACGCCGCGCUUGAUGCAGAAGCGUACCGACCUGGUGGCAAUACCGCCAGUAGAGCUAGAGCCCAGAACCGGAAAAAGGAGGGCAAGGUGCAUGGAAAUCAGGCGCCAUUGGACCCUACUAUUGCCAUGAAUGUCGACAGAAUGGGAAUGGGUGCACCUAAUACGAUUCCCGGCCAACCACCCAUGACAGGUGCCGACCCUGGAUUCAUCCAGUCGACGGCACCCACCUCCCACAAACCUCAAGCUCAGAAUGGCCGCUCUCGUACAUCGAAUUCUCAGCAAGCUCAACCGAGGCAGAGUAAUGCCAAUCCUCAACCUCAGCAAUAUGCAAUGCAUUACCCUCCCGGCUAUGAAGAUGAGAGGACAAAGCACAUGUUUAUACAAGCCCAACUCGUCGACCCGAAUAUGAACCGUGGCAUGAAUCGUCAACAAAUGGAUGCCACCGCUGCGGCCGCUGCCUAUCAGCAGCACCAUGGUGCGAUGAACAUGAACCCGAAUCUUAACCAUAUGCCCGGGAUGGGGAUGGGCGCGUACCCUGUUGGAAUGGGAAUGGGCAUGGUCGCUCUCCCGCCCCCCCCCCUCAAGCACAAGUCACAGCAUGAGCCAAGUUCCUCUGGGAAUGGUGGGUCGAGGCAUUCGGCUCCAGGUGGGAGUCUGGAUGUUGUAGCUGGUGGUGCAAGUUCUCAUGGCGGUGCUUAUACGACUAGUUCCAAAGUCUCGAGCAAUGCCAACCGAGACGUGGUCAAAGAGAGGGACCAGGGUGGUCCCAAUUCGAGUGCUAGUGGCGGCUUGAUGCCGAUCCCUAUGAUGACUUCGCUGCCCCCCGUCACCUCUCUUGCUCAUGGACAUCAAUCGACCAACACACCUCUGGCUCUCCCCGGAAGUAAUCAACAUUCUGCACUCAUCGGAGAUAGCAGUAUGCCCAAAAGUAGACGGUAUAGUCAAUCUGGAUAUGGUGGAAGCUAUGCAACUUCGGACACGCAAGGAGGAAGCAUGGGAUCAUCUUAUGGAAACUCGCACUCGAAUUACCAGCCGUCUUCGACGACAAACACCUCCCGCCCAUCGUCAACAUCGCUCUACAAUCACAAUGGACCGGCUUCUAGAGAUGAAAAGGUCCCUUCGUCGCGCACAGAUAUGCAUCCUUCUCUUUCCGCCUCAAACUCGGCACCUACCUCUGCCAAGGAGGGUCAGUCAGGGUUCAAUCGAGAGACGAGUGGACCGGCGAGCGCUGGUAGUGGAUCAGGAGCCUUGCAUGCAUCCCUCGCUCGUGACCCACCCUUUCGAGUAAACUCGGCUGCCAGUGACCGAUCGGAAAGGGAGGCCAAGUCCGGUAACUUUAAUCGCUCGCGGGCGGGCACAACAACCAAUCCUCCGGACCCCAGUAUGAUGAAUGAGAAGGACUAUGCAUACACUCCCUCUGUUAUUCCUGUAGGUGGAGAGAGAGAAGGCGAUGGUGGAUAUUCUCGACACCCUUCGUUGCACACUUCUGGCAGUGGGUCGAACAUGCAAGGCGUCAUGUCGUCUUCGGGCAAUCGAUACCCCUACGCAUCCAAGGAAUCAUCGAUGAAAGGAGAUGAGCGCGAGAUGGAUCCAGAACGACGGGGCAUGACCUCUCCCGAUACCGGGGGACGCCGAUCGACAAACAUUGAGCAUAUCAUUGACGAUCCCAAAGAGUGGCGAUUCGACAAACGUACGAAGCGCGGAGGCCCUGCAGGUACCAUCACUACUACUGGUGAUUCACCACCAGCUACUUGGAAGAAUAUGGUAGCGAGUACGAAGCGCGGCGAUAUGAGCGAUGGAAUUGCGAUGGAUAUUGAUCCCAAGGGGGUGAGGACGCCAGUGAGGGGCGGUACGGAUAAUGGAGAGGCGAUUGAAGAUGAUCAAAAGCCAUAUUGUAUCUGUGGACAGCCGAGCUAUGGCCAAAUGAUUGGAUGUGAUGAUUCAGAAUGUGAAUACGAAUGGACCGCAACUGACAAUUGCCUUCCUCUGUUCAUUUGUAGUUCCAUUGGCAGUGCCUCGGAAUCACCAACACACCACCUCCGGGCGAGUUCUUGUGUCAAUGGUGCCAAGCUCGUCGAGCAAAAUCAGGCAGAAAAGGCAGCAAGAAAAAGACAAAUGGUGGUGUGUGCGAGGUUCGUGAGAAUAGUUAGUGCCUACAGCUCUUCGUCAGGGCCAGAGAUGAACAUUAUUUUCUCAGGAAAUUGCGGAGAUUUUGGUAUCCAUUGUGCUGCAGGCAAUAAGCGCAGGGGCGGAUUUUGCGGACUCGCUAGGGUUCAGAAACCGACUAUAAAAACCCUGACGGAAACCUUUGCCCUCCACAUCAGCGGCGGUUCAGACGCUCUAAUCGCCCGUAACGAACAACAAGCCCUUGAAGCUCGAGGAGAGUUUCUGGGCGUUGAUGUCGACGUGAUGGAGAAGCGAGGUAUCGCUGAUGAGGACAUGUUUGGAGAACUCGUCGCUCGCUCUCCUGAACCCGAGCCCAUGCCUUUCGAUGAAGACGUUUUCGAACUGGACGCCAGAGACCUCGACGAGGACUUGGAAGCUCGCUCAAUUGAAGAUUUGGAACCAAGAGACCCAAAGAAUCGCCAACGUCAGUCCAAGUCCGCCCGAAAGAUCACUGGCAAGGUCAAAAAGUUCAAGAACAAGGGCGUGAAUAACUUCAAAGCGUUUGUGAAUGCAUGGAAGCGAGACGAAGAUGGCUCUCUUGAAGCCCGAAACGUUGACGAGUUUGACCUCGAGACUCGUUCUUUCGACGAGCCAGAUCUUGAAGUCCGUUCUUUUGACGACGAAGAACUCGAAGUCCGAUCGAUUGACGAGCCAGAGAUCGAAGCUCGUGACUUUGAGGAGGAGGACUUCUAA